UUCACCAGAGUGAGAGCGCGCGGAAAUGAAUUUGAUAAUACGAAAAAAAGUCCACACAACUUUUUAUUUACAUUUAUACUGAACACUGAAGGUAGAGUAUUCAGAGGAAUGGAUCGGUACGUGCUAGUUGUUUCUUUUAACCAAGAAGAGGAUAAAUGCGCGAAGGCAUUGGAGGCUGCCAAACAGAUCUAUGAUAAAAUGGGGAGCAUCGCCAGUUGUAAUUCAAAACGGAGGGUUUCUCUGUUUCCAGCCUGCUCUCUGAGUGGUGGUCCAGCCUCACAGGGGUGGUAUUUUGCUGUCCAGACAUGCCAUGGGACAUCUCAGUUCUGCAGUACAGAGUGGGAGGAGCUGGGUAGUUGUCAGAAGAACGAUGAGCAGGAGGAAAGCCCCAGCACUAUGGAGGCCUGUCUCAGUGCUCUGGAUGAGCAGGAGGAGAAGACUGACCAGCCUGACCCACAGCAGACACAGUUAUAUGAAGAGGCAGCAGAGGGAUUACACCUGUUAUCAGACCAGCUUCCCCCUCCAGGAAAGGCUCUGUUAGAUGUGAUAUUUCUGGGUUUUGCUGAAGAAGCUCCUAAGCUGAAGGACUUCCUCCCUGUGAUUGGCUCGUUGAAACACAUGCAGACAUGGCACACAGCCAAGAUGACCAUAGUGACUGAACACCACGCUGGGUGGCAGGAGCCAGCCUCUAACCUGUCAGCCAGAGUAGUACAUCCCAGUAGCAUCAUGACCUGUAUUGAUGAGAGGGAGUUAUGGAGAGGAGGUGUUCUCAUCAGAGAGAAAAAGUUUGCCUCUGAGGUGAGGUUUGAAGGCUUCUCCCUCCGAGCCCAGGAUAGAGAGACAUGGUACAGCCUGCUGCCUUCUGAUCCAGGAUCCCAUAACAACUCUGACCACAAGCUACACUCAGAGACGAACUCUGACCACAAUCUACAGUCGGAG